AAGGUCAGACUACAAGUCCCAAAGGGCCGGGCGUCGGUAGCCAUGUUGGUAAAGGGCGUCUGGAAAAUGCGGGGACGACUAGCGAGCCAUAACCUAACUGAAUAUUCUAAUUGGCCAUAGUAUGGUACUGAGGCGGGACGUGAGCAAUUUCCUCCACUCUGAUUGGCUCCUGGAAUCUACAUCCUACUGAUUGAUCCCAAAACCCGAUUUGAACUUUCCUGACCACAGCCUGGCGAUCUUUGUUAAAACUGGCUCAGGUUCCUCCUGACUUCUAACCUCCAAAUAUGAUCUUGAUACUUUAUGAGCCUUAGACUUUGAUUUCCAAAAUUAGUAAUACUUUCUCCCUGACUCUGUGAUCCUGUCUUGUGAGCACUGAUCUUCAAAACUUAAAUUUAAAGACAAUGGCUCUGCACUUGGCCGUGAUACAUCAGCACGAGCCCUUCCUGGACUUCCUCCUAGGCUUCUCUGCAGGCACAGAGUACCUGGACCUGCAGAAUGACCUAGGCCAAACAGCCCUGCACCUGGCAGCCAUCCUAGGGGAGGCAUCCACCGUGGAGAAGUUGUACGCGGCAGGAGCAGGGUUGCUGGUCGGGGAGCGUGGGGGCCACACUGCCUUGCACCUGGCCUGCCGCGUUCAGGCACCCGCCUGUGCACGUGCGCUGCUCCAGCCCCGUCCCCGGGAAGCCCCCUAUAGCUACCUCACACAGAGCCGAGAUUGCGCCCGAGACACCAGCCACAACCCUGAUGCCUUGAACCCUGAGCCUGAGUUGGACAAGGAGGAGGAGGAGGACAGUGAGGACAACUGGAAGCUACAGCUGGAGGCUGAGAACUACGAGGGCCACACGCCACUCCAUGUGGCAGUCAUCCAUAAAGACGCAGAAAUGGUCCGGGUGCUCUGGGAUGCUGGAGCGGACCUCAACAAACCGGAGCCCACAUGUGGCCGGAGCCCCCUGCACUUGGCCGUGGAGGCACAAGCAGCUGAUGUGCUGGAGCUUCUCCUGAGGGCCGGUGCCAACCCCAUGGCCCGAAUGUACGGGGGCCGCACCCCUCUGGGCAGUGCCCUGCUCCGGCCCAACGCUGACCUCGCCCACCUUCUCCGAGCACAUGGAGCCCCUGAGCCUGAGGACGAGGAUGAGAAGGCUGGUCCCUGCAGCAGCAGCAGCAGCGACAGCGAUGACAGUGACAGCAGAGAUGAGGGCGAUGAAUAUGAUGAUAUCGUGGUCCACAGUGGCCGAAGCCAAAGCAGGCUACCUCCUGCCCCAGCAUCCACACCUCUUCCUGACGACCCUGACCCCAUCUGAUUUGUUUUAAUUGUUAAUGUAAUUGCCAGUUUAAUAAAACCUCCAUUCUGACAACAGAGCCUAGACUGAUGUG